UGAGCUGUCACUCGUCAAUCAUGUCUCAUACCAACAUCACAACAUUGGCCGUAACUACGCAGGUUUUUGAACAAUGGAAUCGAGCGUUGUUUCACUCCCUUCCUAUUUUAUAUAGAACCUAAAUACGAAGUUAGGUUCGGAGAGCGUUCGGGCUAGUCACGAACACUCAAGGAAAACAACGAUCGCGUGGGUUUUUAGACAAGAGAAAUAGAAAUAUAACGAGAAAGGAUUUCGCUGAAUCGGGAGGCAGGAGACAUUUCGCACAAAGGUGUGUGCAGGGGGAAGUAACGCUAUUCUAGUCCGCCAUGUUAUGAAGAGAAAACGAACCAUAGCGCCGACAUAUUUUCCCCGGGAAGGAUCCCAAUAAAAACGAUUAAAAAAGCCAAGUAAAGUGUCGACACUAUGGCCAAGACCGAGAUAGAAGACCCGUUCCGACAACGUAAUCUGCGGGCAGGUUUCAUUGGACUGGUCUUACUUGGAGGGACCUCGCUGAUUAUCUUUGUUUUGUUUAUCUCUACGAGAACAAACCAAAUUUCAAUGCUAUCUUACAUACUUGACGACAUUAGCACUUCUAAUUCUUCUGAUGGGGUUCUCCUGUCCGCUUCCUUUUUAGCGAAUAAUCCGAAUGGGACCUAUUCCGAUAAGUCACCUUGUUACUACACUCGACUUCGGAAAGCUCCCAAGAAACCUGACGAAUCGGCCUCUAAUGACCAGAAGACAGCGAAAUGCCGUAAACACGAACCAAGUGCAAAAUCAUGUGAGGAAGCCAACAAAUAUUUCAAUAGUCCUAACUACGACCCCCCACCCAGAAGAUGCAGCACGAAGAAUAACGAAGAUAUCUGCCAGGUCAUAAGCAACAGCAGCAGCGAGUUGCCAGACUUCAAAUGUGACGUCACAGUAUGCGGGGGGUCCCUUGUUUUCAUCACAAAGGUCGAUGAGAAGACGGGUCUGGUGGCUUCCUGGCAAGAUAUGGACCCUUUCGAUGUCAAUAAAGUCAAGGAAAUGGCAAAAAAGGCUCUGGAUGAGGGGUUCUCCUUCGUGUUUCUCCGUUGCAGUGGGUUUCAACAAGUGUUGAUGUUCCCACCUAAGCGAAUACAGCCAACAGUCCCUUUGAAAAAGAGAAUUAAUAUUAAUAUAGUCGUGGUUGACUCUGUCGCAAGGACGCACUUUUUCCGGGCGAUGAAAAGAUCUGUGUCUGCCAUGCGGGAGAUUAUUUAUGACGACACCAUUCCGGCAACUGUACUGGACUUUGAGUUUUUCCAGGGAAUCAGCAUGCAUACCUUUGAUAACAUCCGACCGCUGUUUUCAGGCGUCACGAAAGGAAAUGAUCAUUUCAGCAACGUGGUUUACACCGCGCUCCACCCUUUGGGCAUUGACGUGUUGUACGGCCAUUACAAGAAGCACGGGUACCAGACCAUGUUCCAGGAAGACCUGUGCUGGCAAGACUCGUCGGGAAUCAUGCUGAACAACUUGCAGCAGCAUGCCUCAGGACAGGCAAAGUGGUCUGACUUCCAAGAUGUCGUCAGAAAACACAAAGUAGAUCACUUCGGCCUAACGCAUUUCAGCUGCCUUGUUUUGAGGGGGUACGGUAGCACAAAUCCCUACGGCUACCCAUCAGAAAUCUGUUUUAAUGGUCUACAUUACAGCAAGUACUUCUUCCGGUACAUCGCUCUCCUGACACGCGAGAUUACACAAGACGCAAGCGCGGCCCCUCUGAUCUCUUACCAGCAUUUCAACACGGGGCAUACUCCCACAUGGACGCGCGUCACUAACGAUGACGAGCCGUUAGCGCAGUUUCUUAACGCAAUGGCAAACGACCCGAACACGCUCACGAUAGUGCUUUCGGAUCACGGGCACAAGCGCACGUCAUACGCAAGCACAGACGAAGGCCAAAACGAGCUAUACAGUCCAUUCCUUUUUAUGGUACUGCCUAAUCACGUAGCUUCUUUACUUGGGAAACAGAGAGUUGAGGCUUUAGUAAAGAACCAACAACGGAUCUUCACAACAUUAGACUUGCAUAAAGCGCUGAUGUCCCUUCACAGUACGGAUAAGCCAUCAAGUGAUUAUAAACAAGCGGGGAUAUUUGCUAAGAUCCCUGCGGACAGGACGUGCUCUGAUCUACCGUUGUCGCCGUUGGCGCGCUGUCGCUGCGAAGGCUGGGACGAGACGGCUGAGGAGAACUCGCCACGGAUCAAAUGGCUGGCGGAGUUUGCAGUAGGCACGCUCAAUGACCUCAUACAAGAGCAGUACGUGAAAGGUCAGUAUAACAAGUCCAAAAUAAAAUAUCUCGUAUGCAUCAUGUAUGACGGAUUGUUAAGUAAACCGGCGUGGCCCACGGAAAACUGGUGACACUACCACUUUAAGUGAUAGCUUACGUCUGUCCUUUAACCCAUUGACUCCUGGCUUUUUUUGAGCUGAAUUUAGAAAAAACAGACUGAAAACAGAUACCCCCCCU